AUGCGCGAUCAAUUCAACAUGCAGUCACUGGGGAAACCUUUGAAUAUUAUGGUCAAGGAGGCCCGGAUAUUGAUGGUAGGAGCUGGAGGAAUUGGAUGUGAAUUACUUAAGAACUUGGUUUUGGCUGGUUUUGGAGAAAUUCACAUUGUAGACCUGGAUACCAUCGAUCUCAGCAAUUUAAAUCGACAAUUCCUAUUCCGUCAUGAACACAUUAAGAAAUCAAAGGCUUUGGUUGCGAAAGAUGCGGCGCAUAAGUUCAACCCGAAAGUCAAACUAGAAGCACAUCAUGCGAAUAUCAAGGAUUCACAAUUCAAUGUGGAUUGUUUCAAGGGUUUUACAAUGGUCUUUAAUGCUUUGGAUAAUCUGGAAGCCAGGAGACAUGUAAACAAGAUGUGUUUGGCAGCGGGUGUACCUUUAAUCGAAUCGGGUACAACCGGUUUCAAUGGACAAGUUCAGGUUAUUAAGAAAGGAAAGACGGCAUGUUAUGAUUGCACAACAAAAGAGACACCAAAGAGUUUUCCAGUUUGUACUAUUCGCAGUACGCCAAGUCAACCAAUUCAUUGUAUAGUUUGGGGAAAGAGCUAUUUAUUGAGUGAGGUAUUUGGUGCUAGUGAGGAUGAAUCAACUGAGAUGGAUCAUUCGGAAGAUUCAGAGAAUGCCAAGGAGAUUGAAAAGUUGCGGUUAGAGUCUCAAGCUUUAAAGAAGAUCAAAGAAUCAAUGGGUACCGAUGCAUUUCCUCAAUUACUUUUCGAUAAGGUCUUCAAGGAUGAUAUCAUUCGUUUAAGAUCCAUGGAGGAUAUGUGGAAAUCUAGACGACCACCUGAGGCAUUGGAUUAUACCACCUUGAUUGUAGAAGCUGGAAAUGAUGAAGCCGCCAAGCAAGCUAUACUCAAAGAUGAUCAAAGAGUUUGGAAUUUACAUGAAAAUCUCAUCGUUUUCAAAGAUAGUUUGGAACGAUUGAGUAAGAGAUUACAAGAAAUGAAGUCCAACUCGAAUGCUGCCAAUUCCGUAGAACCAAUAAUUACAUUUGACAAAGAUGAUGAGGAUACUUUGGACUUUGUCACCGCAAGCGCCAAUUUGAGAUCUAUCGUCUUUGGUAUCGAAACUAAAUCUCGAUUUGAUAUCAAACAAAUGGCCGGCAAUAUUAUCCCCGCUAUUGCGACUACCAAUGCAAUUGUAGCAGGUCUUUGUGUUUUACAAUCAUUCAAAGUACUUCGUGGUGAUUACUCAAGUAGUAAAGAGAUUUUCCUUUCUCCAUUUGCUCCAGAAAGAUUACUUUCCUCUGACAAAUACCGAGAACCAAACCCAGACUGUCCUGUAUGCAGUGUAGCACAAUCUCGUUUAUUGGUUGAUAUGUCAAGAGCUACACUUAAUGAUCUUGUCGAGGGUUUCUUGAAACUUCAACUUGGAUAUGGAGAGGAAAUUGUGGUCAAUAAUGAAAGUGGAUUACUUUAUGAUGUUGAGGAAACGGAGAACUUGGAUAAAAAACUUAGUGAACUUGGUAUUAAAGGAGAUACAUUCUUGACAGUUAUUGAUGAAGAUGAUGAAAAUCCAAAGGGUCCUAGAGUUAAUCUCGUACUUAAUGUACAAGAAUCUGAGACCCCAAUGGAAGAUUCUCCCAUCAAAAGUCUCGAUAUUAACGUCAACUCCUCCAUCCCUACUGUUCCUAUUAUCUCCGAAGAAUCUACCGCUACAUCCCCUGAAUCACCAAUUCCACGUCGUAAGAAACCUAUCCCAGAACCUGAAUUUAAAGAGACAACAAAUGGUCGUGCAAAAUCUCCCACUGGAGAAGUUCUUCAAAAUGGUAAUUCCAAUGGUGUCAAAAAGAGAUCUGCAUCUGAUGCAUUGGAACACGAUCCUUCCUCAAAUUCAAAGCGUUCCAAGAUGGAACCACCCGGUGCAGCUGGUUUGUCAAUGACAACUUUGAAUGAUGGUAUCAUAGUAUUGGAUGAUACAAAUGAUGGAGCUAUUUUAAUUGAUGAUGAUUAG